UCACGUGAGCAGUAUUUUAUAACGACAGUGCAUCAGUGUAAGCAAGAAAGUUGCUAACAAUGCUAGUGAAUAUUCAUCGAAAUUUUGCGAAUAAUAUAUUGUCUCAACUAAGCUUUUUUCGACAAAAAGCUAUUCGAUUCAGUUCGAUGCUUCAAGGCCGUGUUUCUGAGGAACAAAAAGUUAAUGUCAAUGGAGUCGAUAUCAGUUAUGUGAGAGCUGGUACAGGUGAACAUCCAGUUUUGCUUUUACCAGGUGCCUUGGGUUCGAUUUGGACGGAUUUCAAACCACAAAUAGAAGGACUCGAUAGAGGAAAAUUUACUAUAGUAGCAUGGGAUCCUCCAGGCUAUGGAAAAUCAAGGCCACCCGACAAAACGUUCCCGGAUGAUUUUUUUCAACGUGAUGCCAAUUGGGCAUACAAUUUAAUGAAAGUUUUAGGUUACACAAAAUUCUCAUUGAUAGGAUGGAGCGAUGGUGGUAUUACUUCUUUAAUGCUUGCUUCGAUGUUCCCUAAUAACAUUCGGAAGAUGGUAGCUGUUGCUGCGAAUGCCUAUGUAACACCAGAAGAAGUCAAAAUUUACAAAAAUUACCAAAAUAUAGAUACUUGGUCCGAAAAAAUGCGAGCACCAAUGAUAGAGGUAUACGGCGAGGAAUAUUUUCGAAAAACUUGGUCUAAUUGGGUGGAUGCAAUUUUAAGAAUUUGCGAGAAACAACAUGGUGACUUGUGCAAAGAGUCGUUAGCAAAAAUUAAAUGUCCUAGUUUGAUCAUUCAGGGAACCAAAGAUGCUAUGGUACUUCCGGAACAUCCAAUUUACUUGAAGGAUCACAUCGUCGGUGCAAAGUUGAAGAUCUUUGAAAAGGGAGCGCAUAAUUUGCACUUACGAUAUCCCGAAGAAUUUAAUGACGUCGUUACCAAAUUUUUAAUCGAGUGAUCGAUAAUUUUGCAAUGCAAAUGUGAUAUAAAUAUGAUAUAUAUUCAUAUA